AUGGGUAAUUAAUGUAAAUGUGAUACAUCUUUUGAGGAAGAUUAUGAAUCAUUUGCAAAAAGACAUGUACAACCUAGCAAUUCUUAUAAGAUAUUUUCUCAAACUUAUAAGAUGGAAAGAGAAGAAGAUUUAUCCUUUAGUAUGAUUGAUAAGAUAGAGCCAGUUUAAAAUAUUACUAAUGAUGUUUAUAGAAAAAAGAGAACUAUGAGUUGCAUUCAUCAAUAAACUGAGUUAAAGAGUAGGAAAGUCAAUUUAAAAAAAAAAUUAAAACCUGCAUUAAAAGAAUGUUCCAAUAACUCAUCAUCUAAUAAUGAACAUAGUAAUAAAACUGUAAGAUGGGAUGCCUCUUGUUAAAGAUAAUAAGGAGAAUGA